ACUUGCUACCGCCAUUAACAAGCUCUGGAAGAUGGACGCAGAUGGGUAUGUAUAUAUGGAUCCACCAAAGAGACACUUGCAAGCUUCUAAACAGAGCAAAGGUUGUUCCUUUAAUCUCUGCUGCAAGAUUGUGCUUGGCAUUUCGGUGGUGGGAAAUGUAGCUCUGGCUGUGCUUUUGAUUCUUCUCAUACAUGAUUUUCAGGUUUAUUCUGUUUCAAAAUCUGCACCUUACCAAAUCCAGAGUUGCUUGCUUAACUGUAUUCCUUGUCGAUCAGCUACAAACAGUGUAAAAGCAAAUCUGACUCUGGAUCCAAGCACAGCUCACCCCCAGCUCCAUGUAUCUUCUGAUUUGAAAAACGUGAGAUGGAAAGGAAUGAAACAGCAAGUGAAGGGCAGUCUUCUGAGAUACGAACUUUGGCCCAGUGUCCUAAGCCACGAGAGCUUUAACUCUGGGAAGCUUUGCUGGGAGGUGGAGGUGGUAGCAGAAGGAAACUGGGGGGUGGGAAUUGUUAGGGAGUCUGCAAACUGAAAUGGGCACAUUCUCCUUCAACCAAGAGGAGGUUACUGGGGAGUGCAGCGAAUUAAUGGAUACCAUCAAGCCACCACUCAGCCCAGGACAAAUUUGUUACUGAGCUAUCCGCCGAGAAGGAUCCGAGUUUCUCUGGAUUAUUCACAGGGCCUCAUAGCAUUCUUUGAUGGUGACACAAAUGCUGAAAUCUUCACUUUCCCUACAGCCAAUUUUGCUGGGGAGAAGAUCCAUGCUUGGUUCUUGAUCUAUAAGUGGA